UCGACAAUAGAAUGGAAGUGCAAUUUGCAGUUUCUUGUAUAUGAUAUGACGUAUGAAAAAUCGAGCGUAGAAUAAUGUUGCAUCAUUUCAAAAUUUGAACACAUGUAAGCCAAUUAAUGUUGCAAACAUAAUUUACAGUGUAACGGCCUUAAAGACACUAACCUCCAGAUUAUGACUAAAAAUGAUCAUUCAUUAAAAUUGAAAUUUGGUAAUAUUAUGAACAUUAGAACAGGAGUUGUUUCUGUACAAUCACAAAAAUGCCAAAUCAAGAAAAACGAUGCCCGAGUCGGGAUCAAACCCGGACUUUUUCUUUCUGAUUUCGUAUUGUUCGUUUCUAUCUUGUAUUGUUUGUAUUUAUAGCAUAUGUUCAUCAUUCACUUUAUAUUCAUGUUCGUUCAUAAAUUUAACAAAUAUCAUCUUUGAUAUGAUAAAAAAAAACUCUCAUCUGCUAUCGAUAAAUGAUCCUGGGAUCCCACAUGGCUACAAAGGGCUAUUUUUAGAUAAUGGAUAUAUGAUUAAACAUAAUUAUGUUGAUGGUUUCAGGCUUAAAUCGGAUUUAUAUAUUAACAUUAAUCUACAGAAGAAGAUGGAAGUAAAAGAAUACCCGCAUGUAUUUCCCACAUGGGAAAUAUUCCCACGUGCACAUUACUUUAAGAAUCGCUAUGUGGAUUUACAUUUACGAUUUAACAAAGUUAUGAGUGCUCUUCCGAAAAGAUUUCACCGUAAAGAUUUGAUGUCACAGUUAGAUAUCCUAAGUCGGUGCCUUCGAAGCUUCCUUCAGGUCACUGUUAUUGGAAUGGAAGACAUGGCUGUUGGGCAGUUUAUUGUCUCAACUGAAGCACUAGAGAAACACACCGACCUGCCUGGUCCUGUCAAUGAAGGAAUUCACAUAUGUAUAUGUCAUGCAAAAAUAAGAGAUCUCGGAGAAUUAGGAAAACAGGAUAUUGGCGUCAUAGUUGACUCUGUAUCUAAAGGUUUUCUUCAGAGAUGUACAAAUUUAUCCAACAUAUUUUUUUUUUGUGAAACAAAAAAUAAUGAAUUUAACGAGAAUAAUGCAGAAAAGUUUCGCACAGAUCUUCUUCCAACACUGCAGAAACUGAACGAACAUUGCCAUUAUCCAUUAGAAAUUUUGAUUGGACCGAAAGAGGGAAAUCUUCCGUCGUCAGUAUCUAAUGCAAUUGAGAAACAAAUCAUAGAUGGAUUCCACGAUGUAUUUAUGUUUCUACAGACAUUCAUAAGGAAAGACUGUGUCUCGUAUCAGGAAAAUUUAGAUAUUUUAGAAAGUGACCUAGUUGUCGGUACCAUUAAAGAGUUCCUUCGAAAUGGCGAUAGCUUAGUUGACUCGGAAGCAGUUUCUGAACAUAUCUCAUUUUUUGAUAUGAUAAUUCAAACUCUGUGCCAUCAAACCAUGUGUGCUGCAGUUUCUCCAAUGGCAGCAAAACACAACAUUCCGGAAUGGGUAUGUCAUGGAUUGCUGGAGGAAAUCAAUUUCGAAAAGGAACUCCAGAAGUCCAUGUCGAAAAACACAAUCCACCAUCUAAAAGAGUUUGAAAAAUACACACAAAACCUUGUGAUUCAAAGAGCUGAAGGCAAAACUGUUGAAGGAUCCAGUCAAAAUAAAUAUUUCAGCUUUGAUUUCAUCUAUUAUAAGCUUAAGGAAGACUUGUCUGAAGCAGUGACGUCAGCAGAAAAGAAACUUGCCGCUAUGAACAGGAUAACAAUAGUUAUGAGGAAAAUGGUUUUUGAGGUCAGAGGCUAUCUAAAGCAGACAGUCGUUACCAUUGAGAUUCUUGAAUCUGGCCAGAGAAAACUGGCGCUUGAAGAUAUUACAGAUAAAAUGCGGGAAGAUAUUAUGGGCACUAAGGUCGUGUAUGGCAUGCGUACUCUAUAUGGGCAACUAGAGAUUCAUUUAAAGAUGGGCCUGGAUGAAGCGACCCUCACAGACGCAAAAGACAAUAUUAACCAAAUUAUGAAGACACAUAGGUUUUCCCACCCAUUUACUAUCAAAACUGUCGAUAAAGCUCCGCAAAUAUUGGCACGAGAUUUUUAUGAGCAAGGCGAUAUAAUAUUUAGUCCGUUUCCUGACAAUGGUGAACAAAUUCGAAAAGGAACCUUAGGCUGCUUUAUCAAAAGUACUGACGGUGUUACUUAUGGUGUUACGUGUGCCCAUGUUGUUGAUCCACACGAGAAUAACGAGCACAAAGUUUACAUUCGUUCGCCAGAUUGUCUGUUUGCAAUCAGCAAUCCGAAUAUGAUAGUUUACGGUAGAGACAAAGAUCAAUAUUUGACAGACUUCACAGCAAUUAGGGUUGUACCUGAAAAACUAAACAUGUGCAGUUUUUACUUUAAAGAUGAGUCCGGUAAUAACAAAAAUGUCAAGUUAUCCAGAGAAUCAUCAAGUGAACUAGUAGGUAGUUAUGUGUUGAAAUAUGGAGCUGCAACUGGAUGUACUAACGGCAUCAUAGCGUCAAACAGUUAUAUAUUUGGCGGACAAUCCUCAAUUGAACACCUUGUUAUUGUUGAACCAUUGCCUGUCACUUCGGAUGAAGUAUGUGACAUUCUUACGAACGGAAGUAGCAAUUCACUGCCAAGUACUCAGGGAGAGCUGCCUAUCGCCCCUGCCGAAGGUGCCCAGACUGACACUGAAGAGCCCGACGUAGUUGAUUUGUUAUAUAUCACAUCAACGGAUAUAGUUUGAACAUUAACCCUGACUUUUUAGAUGAAAAUACGAAAGAAAUGAACGAAUUUUCCUCUGGCACUGAGAUUCAAAAUAGCAUACAUAGACCCAUGACGGAAGGUUUUCCUGACAAAGAGUCCGGUUUUAUUAGAAAUCCAAACGAGAGCUUUAGCGGUGCUCGCAGUGAUAUAACUGAUGACUCAAACGUAUUCGCCACAAAAGGUGAUAGUGGAUCAAUUGUUUGUAAGAGAGAUUUAAUCAAUAACGAAAUUGUAGCAGUUUCUAUGAUAACAGCUGGAGAUUUCAAAAUCUAUGAACCUUUAGACUCUAAAUUUGAAAGCGAGAAAUGUCUGUCAGUUAGGAUGGACGUAAUGCUUGAUAAACUGAAAGACGGAUGUGGCACAGACUUUGUACUUUGUCGAGAAAUAUCAAACUGAUAAAGCAAAUGUUUAAGGUAUUAGGAGUUAUUGAAUUAACAUAGAAUAAUUUCCUGUAUGACCUCUUUGUAGAAAUGUCAUCUAUUGCAGCAGCGAUAAGGUGAAAAGCGACAUACUUGUAUUUGAAGGAACACAAGUGUCUCUAUAUUGUACAUUGAAAUCAUAUUUCAUUGUGUUCAUUGUGUCAUUUAUUACUGUUCAGUUACAAAUUGUUCUAGUUCCGCCUUCUUUCAAGAACUUACCCGUCUCUGAUAUUUAGUAAAACUCCGAGCUUGUCCAACUAUAUUUGCUUAAUAUGAUAAAUAAAUGUAACAGAUGGCGUUGCAGAUACUCAUGUUUAUACAGAUGUAUGUAUUCAGGCAAAUGUUUUGAUGUUAGCGAAAUUACCCAUCCGGUUUUAUGGAUAAAUCUUUAGUCAAAGACAAGGUUUAGAAAGGUCGAACUUGUUUUACUUGGUUUUUCGUUACGAUACAUUUGUUUUUCCAUUUCUUUUAAAUGCUUUGAACCGUUUGAAGAAAAUGCGAUUAUUGUUUUAUCUCAGGCGAUCGGUAGGUUGGUAGGUCUUUUUGUGCCUGAUUAAUGGCCUCAGAAUACUUAAAGGUGGACAUCCCUCAUAGUAUUUAAAUGAGCUCCUUAUCUGUGUGAGCCAAUAGAUAAAAACCAACGGUUAAUGUCACCUUGAGACAUGGUUUCCGCUCAAUACAUGACAUACGUUUUGGUGUGUAGGCGUCAAACUUUUUACGAUGAUAACCUGUUUUCAUAGAUGACUCUUGGAGUCAAAGGUGAAUGUUAUAGUGACCUCCACACUGCAAAUGGUAUCCGUUUUUUUAUUAGGACUUAGAUUAAGUCUCCCUUUAAUACGUUCACUUUAAUUCAGUUUGUACAAGAAAUAUAUAUGUAAUAGCAUUUGUAAACAGUGUUUGUUGUGCUCAUAUUACCCGCUGUGGUGCUCAUAGUACACAUUAAAAAUUAAAAAAAUAAUUAGAUAUGAAUAUCAAGUAUUUUUUUAAUUUUUUUUAUUUAUAUAUACAUUAAAUUGUGUCCAGCUUCCUUAUUCAAUAGUUUUAUUCAAGUCAGAAAACUUAUGUUUCUUUUACAAAAAAAGAAAUUCUUAACGUUUA